GUAUGACCAAGCCUUCACACGAACAAGGGUUCACCGUAUAUUCCACCCUCUGCGCCUUUAUAGCAGCGAUAUCAGGCUUCAAUGUGGGCUGGCACAUAGGUGUUGUCAAUAUGCCAAUGGCCAUCAUCACAUCGUGCACUACCACAUCCUCCUCCGCUAUUCCUGAUUGUUUGCCAAUGGCCGAUUAUAUGUGGGGCUUGACAGUUGGAUUUUACGCCCUUGGUGGUAUUGUUGGUGGAAUGGGCACCAUGUACACCAACGUCUGGUUUGGACGUCGUGCCAAUCUCCUUAUCUGUGCUGCCUUCUUUGCUGCCGGAAGCAUUUUGACAGCUCUUGCCGUUAAUGUUGCUAUGUAUUCUGUUGGAAGAGUCAUUGUUGGUAUCGGAGCAGGUCUCGCUGGUGCCAGCUGUGCCAUCUAUGUUAGUGAAAUUUCCACCAAAAAGACAAGAGGAGCUCACGGAAGUUUCUUCGAAUUCUUCCUUAACCUCGGUAUUCUCGUCACUCAAGUCUGCGGUCUAUACAUGAGCACCGUUCCUACUUGGAGAUACCUUUGGGUCAUCUCUGCCAUUAUAUCCAUUAUCCAGUUUGCUCUCUUGUGGUUCUUCACCGUUGAAUGCCCCAGAAGACUUUGUGCCAACAAAAACUACGAUGGUGCUCGUGCCAGUCUUCAAAAACUACGUGGACCAGAUUGUGAUAUUGAAGAAGAACUCAACCUUCUCAUGGAAGCUCGCAAACAAGAUGAACAAAGACCUCAACUUUCUAUUUGGUCUGUCCUUCGUGGCAAGGAUCGCAAGGUCCUCAUUGCUACUGUUCAUGUCUGUAUCCUCCUUGCCUAUAACCAAAUCGGUGGUAUUGGACCUAUGAGUGUCUAUUCUGUCAGUUUCUUUACCAGCAUCUUCAAAGGUGAUACCCACAUGGCUACCACUCUCAGUUUGGUCUGUUCAGCUGCCAACAUCGUUGCUACUGCUAUUGCCGUUGUGCUUAUGAACAAGGUCGGACGCAAGGGCUUCAUGAUGAUUUCUACCGCUGGUAUGACCAUCGCAUGUAUUGGUAUCGUUAUUGGUUCCAGUGUCGCCACCGAUAAAACGGGACCUCUCAUCAUCUUUUCUGCUAUUCUCUAUCUUUUCACCUAUUCUUGUGGAUGUGGUGUUGUUCCAUGGAUGAUUGCUCCAGAGCUACUCCCUCUUCGCGGAUUGGCCGCCGGUUCUGCGCUUGGCAACGGAACAAACUGGCUUGUGAACUUUGUAGAAAAUACCCUCUGGCCCUUGAUCUAUAAUCGUCUUCAAAACUACUCUUUCAUCCUUUUCAUUGUCAUCAACUUUGUGGGAUUCCUGUACUCCUGGCUUUGCUUUGAAGAGACUACUGGAAAAGAGCUCGAUCAGCUUGACGGGGAUGAUACCAAAAAAAUUCAACAUCUCGAAGAUGCCAAAGAUUUUUAAACUCUCCAAUUGUAUAUCUUAACUAACUGUAAUAAAAUCCAAUGGUAUAUCCUCAACUCUUUAUUGAAAUCAUUCAACUUUUUGACAGCGAAACUUUUCCACUAUUAGUUGGUAGAUAAUGUGAUCCCAAUAAGUGCUUUAUUGUAGCAAAUAUAAACGAUUUGUCAUUAUCGUUAUGG